UCUGGGAACAGUGCGGGUUGGGAUAGCUGGGAUAGUUAUGAUGAUGGAGGGCUUAGUGGAAGUUCAAAUAAUAAUAUUAGGAGGAAUAAUACUGUGGGAGAUUUUAGGAGCGGUGGAAAUGGGGGUGGUGCACCGUCAAGGUCGAAGUCGACCCAGGAUAUUUAUUCCCGGGCACAAUUGGAGGCAUCGGCUGCAAAUAAGGAGGACUUCUUUUCUAGGAAGAUGGUAGAAAAUGAGACUCGGCCUGAGGGGAUCCCACCCUCCCAAGGUGGAAAAUAUGUUGGGUUUGGGUCAACCCCUCCUCCGGUGCCCAGGAACAAUUCUCAGGGAGAUGUUCUUUCGUCUGUUACUCAGGGAUUUGGUAAGUUAUCUAUGGUGGCGGCAUCGGCUGCACAGUCAGCUGCAAAUGUUGUUCAAACAGGGACGAAGGACUUCACUUCUAAGGUACACUGCCUUUUCAGAAAUUCUUAUCAGCGGGGCUUGUUAUAUUUGUCAUUGUGCUAGCUUGCAAUUGUUUUGAUUCUAUUUCAUAGAACAAGCGAUGUGACAAUUGCAUAAUGAUCAAAUCUGAGGGUGUAACAAUUAGUAACACGUCCAUGCAUGAUUGGUUGUUUUCUUGAUAUUUAGGUUGUCAAAUUUAGUUUACACUUAUAACAUGUGUAUUGAUUAGUUGGAUGAGAGGUUUAGCGCCCUUGGUAGUUGGAAUUAAAAAGGGUUUUUAUAUUAACUGUCAAGCUGAGUAGGAUAUGCUUUUGGCCUUAAUUUCUUAUUUAUGAAUAAGUUCUUUAAGGAUGGAAUUUUGUGCCAACAUCUAUAAACCUCCACUUGUGAGUCUUGGGAAUCAGUUUGCCAAAAGUAGUUUGUACCAUCUCAAAAGGAACAGACAAACAGCUUUACUAGAAACCCCUAAGACCUUGACGAUUGAAGACAUGCGUGAAAGUUUGGUUUCUGAAGGUGUGAUUUUCUUCAGGUUUUUUUUAUGUAUUUCAUGCAAAUGAUCACCUUUCUCCCUUCUGUGCUAUUCAAAAAUUUUGAGUUUUAGUGCCUCUAUGGUUCUGGGCUGCAGUACUCCUGAUUAUCACACUACUUGCCUUUUGGGAUGACAUGAAUCUUUAUAUCUCAAACCAUUUGAAACUUUUCUGACAAGCCAUUAGGCAAGCCUGCAGAAUGUUUUCCCACUAGCUUGGAAACGUCAAUUGCAACUAUUCCUUUGGGAAUUAAGGAUUGUAUUCCAUAGUUAAUUUCACAUUUAACUCUAUUGACCUGUGUAAUGAUAUCUCCUGAAAUAUCUAUUUUGACCACCUUAGCGAGCCUACGGAAUUACAGGCUUGCUAAGGAAUAAUGUAAGUAUAAAUUCGAUCUCUGUCUCUUAGCACGGACACAUCAAUUAGAGUAGCAUGUCCGUGUUCGACAUGUGUCGAUACCGACACUUCUCGGACACUCUACCAUAAACAUUUUUCAUUGUUUAUUAAAAAUAUUAUAUAUUUUCAACUCAAAUUUAUUGGUAAAUAACAAA